CGGGGGAGAGGACUCAUACUAUUGAUUUUCCUUUAUCUAUCAUGAAGUUAAUAAGUACUAGGGUAGUCUUUUUUAUUCCAGUCCCCUUUUCUGAACAUCGCUGUACGCCCUGCUAAAUCUCACAUUAAUGUUUCUCCGUUUCAGGUUCAACAUGGGAUUUUCAAUGCAAUGGAGUCUUACUGUACUUUCAUGUCUCCUCUGUAUGGGAGGGGAAGUUCGCUGUGAUUGCACAGAGGAGGGAAUACAAAUUAAAGGAGGCCAUUACACAUUCACCAAGCAGCUAAAGAAAGGCAGCACGUUGAUCUACCAGUGUCCCGACGGCUACUAUCCGUACCCCCAUUUAAGCCGCCUGUGCCAACCCAAUGGCAGCUGGAAACCACCACCCAGAAGACCCACUCAGAAAUGCAGGCUUGUUGAAUGCCCUGACCCCAAUGUGCUGCAGAACGGAAACAUCCUGCCGUCUCUGGAGAGGUACUAUGUGCACAACGAGACCACGUGCGAGUGCUACUCUGGAUACACAAGGAAAGGCUCAUCCAAUCGUGUAUGCUUACCAAAUGGGAAGUGGAGCGGCUCCACGCCCAUCUGUAGCCGGGACUCCGCAGAGAACAAUUGUGCUGAUCCGGGAAUCCCCGCCGGCGCCUCAAGAACGGGCAACAUUUUUGGAAUUGGCAAUACUGUGACAUACAGCUGCAUUGACAACCUAUUGUUGGUGGGCUCUGAAGAAAGAGUGUGUCAGGAGAGUGGCCAGUGGACUGGCAUAGAGCCGGCAUGCUACUACAGACACACCUAUGACACUUCUUUGGAAGUUUCAGAGUCAUUUGGCAGCGCGAUAAGAGACAGCCUAACUGUUCUAAAGCCUUCAGAUGAAACACAGCUGGGGAGAAAAAUCAGGAUUGCAAAAUCUGGCAUACUCAACAUCUACAUUGGUGUGGACAUUUCUGAGAGCAUCGACCAGGAAGACGUCGAUAAAGCAAUAGAUGCUAUCACAGUACUUAUUUCGAAGAUUGCCUCCUUCAGCGUGACUCCAAACUAUGAAAUAGCCUUUUUCUCCUCCGAAGUGUUUGAAGUUGUCAAAAUUCUUGAUUUUCUGAAUGAAGGUGGAAAGCCAAAAAACAUGAUAGAAGAGUUGAGAAAAUUUAAAGUAGACGACAAAAAUACAGGAACAGAUCUGAACCUCCUCUUUACAACAUUUGAGGAGAGAAUGGCCGUCAUAAAGGAACAAGUUGGAGAAAAGAAUUUUGAGGAACAUCGCCAUGUCCUAAUCGUUUUCACAGAUGGGGCUUUUAAUAUGGGUGGAUCACCCGACCGUACCGUGCAAAAAAUAAAAAACAUGGUCUACCUGGAUCCCACUGGUCAAAAGAAGAAUGAGUCAAGAGAUGAAUAUCUGGACAUUUAUAUUUUUGCCAUCGGAACGGACAUCCUGGACACGGAGCUCAUGUCACUCACAGCAGGAAACGAUGGCAGGCAUUACUUCAGAAUGAAGGACAUUACAAAUUUAAAUGAGACAUUUGACGAGAUAAUUGAUGAAGAACAAGUCAAGGAUCUAUGUGGCCUUCACAAGGAAUAUGAAACAGUAGAUAAGGGCAUUAGGAAAAUGUAUCCAUGGUGGGCGUUCAUCACCAUCGUGAAUGGAGAGAAGCAACGUAACUGCAUCGGCUCUUUGGUGACCUCUAGGUUCGUCUUGACUGCCGCUCACUGCUUCAGAUUUGGAGAUGAAGCUGAACACGUCAAAGUCGAGAUUGAUGAUGGAGGGAGGAGCGAGAAAACUGUUAAAUUGUUCAGAUUACACCCAAACUACAAUAUUACUUUAAAAAAGAAGAAAGGGGUGGACGAGUUCUACGACUAUGAUGUGGCUCUUAUCCAACUGGAGAAGGAUGUUAAGAUCUCAAACAUCGCUAGACCUAUUUGCAUACCUUGCACUAGUGCAACCAGUAAUGCUUUACAACUGGUUGGCGAUUCCACCUGCAAGCAACAAGAGCAGAUUCUGCUCAAGACUAAUCUUGAAAGGCUCAAUUUCCUGAACAGGCAAGAAAAUACGGUCGCUUUAAAACAGGUCUAUGCCAAGCUGGGUGAAAAUAGAGGUGAGUGCAUCCGACAUGCAUUGGAUGCAAAAGGCAUAACAACUACCGAUGUAAGGGAAGUUGUGACGGAUAACUUCAUAUGCACUGGCGGUCAGACUCCUUUCAGAGAUGAUGUAGCAUGCCGCGGUGACUCUGGAGGUGCUGUGUUCAAGGACUAUGAGCGUCGCACAAUACAGGUUGCAUUGGUCAGCUGGGGAAACGAGGAUUUGUGCGCUUCCGGUGGUAGUGCUGAAUCAAGAGCGAACUCACGAGAUUUCCAUAUAAAUCUUUUCAAAGUUAUCCCUUUUCUCAAAUCGAUCCUUGGAAAAGUGGACCAGACGGAAUACCCACCUUUGCAUUUUUUGCCAAACUAAAAUGUAUUUUCAGACUGUAAUUUGUUUUGCCAUUUAAGAUGUGUGUACACUGAAUGUCUAAACACAUUGGUUUAUGUAACUUUGUUACUUCAAAAUCAAAGCAUACAUUAAAAAUAGCAGAACUGCUUUUAUAGCAAUAUUGUGCUUUUUGUAUAAUUUUGACAUUUCAACUUUAUUUUAAGUAGUCAAUAAAUUCACUUGACCAACCAAAAA